UUAGAGGCGGAGUUGAAUCAUGAUUUUGCUUCAUGGAACACUUCAUGUGACAAUCUAUGAGGUUGACAGGAUUUCUCAGAACGGGUGUUGUAACUUCUUCUGCAAGCUACUGGAAAACAUUGAUGGGAGUCUGGAAAAAGGAUUUUCUAAACUCUAUGUUACCAUUGAUGUAGAAAAAACUAGAGUAGGCCGAACCAGGCUGUUGGAAAAUGAUGACUCUUCUAAUCUGCAAUGGAAUGAGUCUUUUCACAUCUAUUGUGCCCACAAGGCUUUAAAUGUUGUGUUUUCUAUCAAAGAAGAAAAGCCUUUAGGUGCAGCGGUGAUUGGGAGAGCUUAUUUGCCUGCUGAAGAGUUGCUAAAUGGAGAAGUAGAGAAAUGGCUUAAGAUUGUGAAUAAAAGGAAUAAAUCCCUACAUAGACGUCCUAAAAUCCAUGUCAAAGUACAUUUUUUCGAUGUGACAAGAAAUUCCAACUGGUCUCAAGGAAUAAAGAGUCCUAAGUUUCCUGGAGUUCCAUACACAUUCUUUCCUCAGAGAAAUGGUUGCAAAGUUACCCUUUACCAGGAUGCUCAUACCCCUAAUGGAUUCAUCCCCAAAAUCCCCCUAGCGGGGGGAAAGUGUUUUGAAGCACAGGGGUGUUGGGAGGAUAUCUUCAAUGCCAUCUCUAAUGCAAAGCACAUGGUUUAUAUUACAGGAUGGUCUAUAUAUGCAAAAGUCACCUUGAUAAGGGACUUGAGGAGGCAAAAACCCGGGUGGGAUUUAACACUUGGGGAGCUUCUUAAGAAGAAGGCAAGUGAAGGUGUUAAGGUGUUGAUGCUUGUUUGGGAUGAUAGAACUUCUAUCAAGCUGCUUAAGAAUGAUGGAGUAAUGGUCACUCAUGAUGAAGACACUGAAGCUUUCUUCCAUAACACUGGAGUCCAUUGCAUUUUGUGUCCUCGGAAUCCUGAUAACUUGUAUAGCAUUGUUCAAGACAUAGAGAUUGCUACAAUGUUUACUCACCAUCAGAAGAUUGUGGUGGUAGACAGUGGGAUGCCAAAUGAGGAAUCAAAAAAAAGGAGGAUAGUGAGCUUCAUUGGAGGAUUUGAUCUUUGUGAUGGAAGAUAUGAUACUCCUUUUCAUUCCCUUUUCCAAACUAUAAGCACUGUCCACCAUGACGAUUUUCAUCAGCCUUCUAUCCCUGGUGCCUCAAUUUCUAAAGGAGGGCCUAGGGAGCCUUGGCAUGAUAUCCACUGUCGCUUAGAAGGUCCAGUUGCUUGGGAUGUGUUAUUCAAUUUUGAGCAAAGAUGGAAUAAACAAGGAGGGAAGAAGGAUUUGCUGGUUGAAUUAAGAGAAUUAAAUAACAUUUUCAUUCCACCAUCUCAGGUAAUGUUCCCUGAUGACCAUGAAACUUGGAAUGUUCAAUUGUUUCGAUCUAUUGAUGGAGGAGCUACAUUUGGCUUCCCUACUGCUCCAGAAGAUGCAGCCAGAGCUGGUCUUGUUAGCGGAAAAGAUCAUAUCAUAGACAGAAGUGUACAAGAUGCAUAUAUCAAUGCCAUUCGUCGAGCUAAGAAUUUCAUCUACAUUGAAAAUCAAUAUUUCAUUGGAAGCUCUUUCAGUUGGGUCUCAAAAGAUCUUAAGCUAGAAGAAGUUGGUGCUUUGAAUCUUAUUCCAAAGGAACUAUCGUUAAAGAUAGUUAGUAAGAUUGAAGCAGGUGAGAGAUUUACUGUCUAUGUUGUCAUUCCAAUGUGGCCAGAAGGUAUCCCACAUAGUCAAUCUGUUCAGGCUAUGUUGAAUUGGCAAAAAAGAACCAUGGAGAUGAUGUUCAUUGAUAUAGUUGAGGCCCUAAGGGCCAAAGGACUUGAGGCAAACCCUAAAGAGUACUUAACUUUUUUUUGCCUUGGAAAUAGAGAAAAAAAGAAAAAUGGGGAGUAUAAACCUUCAGAAAAACCUGAACAAAAUUCAGAAUAUAGUAAAGCUCAACAGUCUAGGCGUUUUAUGAUCUAUGUUCAUGCCAAGAUGAUGAUUGUUGAUGAUGAGUACAUUAUCAUUGGAUCAGCCAACCUGAACCAGAGGUCAAUGGAUGGAGCAAGGGACACAGAAAUUGCCAUGGGAGCCUAUCAGCCAUUUCACUUAACAAGUAAGCAGGUGUCAGCAAGGGGUCGAAUACAUGGCAUGCGUAUGGUAUUAUGGUAUGAGCAUUUAGGUAGGCUUGAUAACGCCUUUCUACAACCAGAGAGCUUGGACUGUGUCCAAAAGGUGAACCAAAUUGCUAAAGAUAACUGGGGUCUCUACUCACAAGAGGCAUUAGAACAUGACCUCCCUGGCCAUCUCCUGAGUUAUCCCAUUGCAGUUGCUAGUAAUGGAGAGGUUGUAGAGUUUCCAAGAUUAGAGCACUUCCCAGACACCAAGGCUCGCAUCCUUGGAGCCAAAUCUGAAAUACUUCCUUCAAUCAUGACAAGUUAAAUUUCUUUUCAUUAGCUCAUUCUAAUUCAAGUUUUCAAUUUUUUGAGUUCGUGGAAUAAAGUAACGGUGAUUCGAUGAAGCAAAAGCAAAUAAGUACUGAUCUUUUGUGUUUAGUAUAGAGGUUUGAGUUUCAAUACAAGAUUUGCAUUUAA